UUAAAUCGAAGUAUUCCACUGGAUGUAUCCAGGUAUCCCUCUUGUCUUCAACCUGCAAACGAAAACUUUUGUCCUCAACAUGGCUCGUUUCCUUGCAUUGUCUAUGGUGCUGGCGACAACCAUCGCUAUUGCCACCGUUGAAAGUCGCUCUACAGCUGUUGAAGUGUCGUCAGUGGACAAGCAGUUCAUGCCUCGUUGUUGGAAUAACUCACUGUCCGGCAUAUCGUGUGCUAACAUGUUGACCAACUCUCCCGACAGACUGUACCCUCAUCCUCACGACUGCCAAAUUUUCUACGUCUGUCUCACACCGCAACUGCCACCAAUAUGCCUCGAAUGCCCUCUGGAUUUGUACUUUGACGCCAAAAAGAAUAUUUGCGACUACCCCGAAAAUGUUAGCUGUACCGCCUAAAAUCAAAAGUCGCCAGAUUUAAAUGUCACCAACAUUAUGAUUAGUUUAAUAUGCAAUAAAUUCAUCUAGCAAAUUA